AUGGACACAGGCCCCGGCCCGGGCGAAGUCUCCUCACAUAUCAACGGGGGCGACAGAAGCGGGGCCCAUCAGCGACGACAGAAGCGUAGCAGAAUCCUCCUCUCAUGCGCCCCAUGCCGCACGUCGAAGCUCAGAUGCGACCGCCAACAACCAUGCAGGCAGUGCUCCCGCAAGGAGAGACAGGAUCUAUGCGAGUACGCUCCCCGACCGGAGAAGAAGCGGUCGCGGCCGCGGCCGACGCCCAAGAACAUGUCUACGCGACUGAAGCAUCUCGAGGGUGUAGUGCGGGAGAUGAUGGAUGAGGAUGGGAAACUCAAUAGACCAUCGGGACAGACGAACGGGGGGGUUGGAAAGUCCAUAGGAGGAUGGAGAGGAGGAGCGAAGAAGUUGCAGGGACAGGUCAUCCGGGGACAGAAUGAGGUGACCUCUUAUAUUGGCGAGACGCAUUGCAUGGCUAUGCUUGACGAUGUGGAUCUCAAGGCAUACUUUGAUAACUCGGAAGACGAAGACGACAGCGAUUCACCACCGUUCAGCCACCUCGAGGAGCCGGACCUGCUGAUGUCCGAGCUUGGCUCCUCGUCUACGGUGACGCGCGAGGAUCUCAUCUCCCAGCUUCCCGAGAAGAACGUGAUGGCCCGGCUCGUGUCGAGAUAUUUCGAGUGUCUGAGUCCAUCGCAGUCAAAGUACGCUCGCUUCUGCCAAAACCCCGAUAGCGCAACACUACACUGGAUAUCGCAGGUGUUCAUGAUACUCUCGAUGGGCGUCUACUACAGUCAGUACCAGGCGCCUGCCGAGAUCGAGCAGGACUCGGCCAUCCCGCCGGCGGACCGGGUGAGGCACUACCGCAUCUGCGCGGGGUGGGCUCUCAUUGCGGGGAAAUACAUGCAGCCAGACCAGACGACGCUCCCGGCGAUGGUACUCUACCUGGGCUCCCACCUGCACCUGAACCGCGCGACGCAGAUGUCGUCUUAUGUCCUGUCGGGGUUGUGCCUUCGCCUAAUGCUCAAGUUGGGCCUGCACCGUGACCCGGAUAAGCUGGCGGGCAUAUCGCCCUUCGAAGGGGAGAUGCGCCGACGGCUGUGGAACCAGGCCGUCAUUCUGGAGACGCUGGUGUCGUUCCACGUCGGGCUCCCGGGCAUGGCCACCAUGAUCGACUCGGACGCGCAGCUCCCGCGCAACCUGCAGGACGACGAUUUUGACGAGAACACCGGCACCUUGCCGGCGUCGCGGCCCAUGUCGGACUGGACGCCGGUGACGUACGCGGCCCUAAAGCGCGGCAUCAUGGCCGUAUUCGGGCAGAUAUCGCGGCAGGCGCACGCGCUCAGGUCGCCCGAGUACGGCGAGGUGAUGCGGCUGGACGCGGAGCUGCAGCGCGAGUGGGCCAAGGUGCCGCCGCUGAUGAUGGUCCGCUCGACGGAGGAGAGCAUAGGCGACCACCCGGCGCUGGUCAUGCAGCGCUUCGGCAUAUCGGCCCUGUACAACAAGAGCCGGUGCGUGCUGCACAGGCGGUACCUGGCCGACAUGGGACCCUCGCCCAGGAGGCUGCACGACUACUCGCGACAGCAGUGCCUCGACGCCGCCGUGUCACUCCUCAACGCCCAGAGCCUGAUAUGGGAGCUCUCGCGGCCGGGCCGCAGCCUCUCGGGCCACAGGUGGUUCGUGUCCUCGCUGUCCGUCCACGACUACCUCCUCGCCGCCAUGGUGGUGUACUACAUCAUACAAUCGGAGCACUACGACAACCCGGACAGCAAGGUGGUGUGGGUGGACCCUGCGAGGUCUUCAUCUCUGUCGUCGUCGUCGUCGUCGUCGCUGUCCACGCCACCUACGAGGGAGCACCUGAAGGGUCUGAUCUACACGUCCUACAAGGUGUGGGAUGACCUGGCCGGGACGACGAGCGAGGUGCGCAGGACGGCCGACACGCUGGCCCUGAUCUUGUCCAGGCUGGGAUGUCCGGUUGAUCGGCCGGCACAGACCUCGCCGAUAGACGCGGAUGCUGCCGCCCGUGGUGCUGCCGCCACCACGGGCGGCAGCGUCAGGUCCAGGAACAACAUCGAUACCGCUACCCUGAGUGGCGUACAGGACAGGUCGGAGGGCUCGUUCGAGGCUGCGUUGCACGGCCGCGUGUCGUCGAUGAGUUUGAAUGGUGAAGUCUUCCUCCCAGAAUUGAUGUAUAUGCCGUUUCUCGAGGAAGAAUGA